UUGGUGGUUAUAAUAGUAUGCACAACAAAUGUAUCAAGCAUUAUGAUGAUUAUAAGAAUCAAAGACAAAGUGUGACAAGUAAGAUUGCUAGAGCAACUAGGGAACCGGAAGAGUUGUAUAAAAUCCGCUUGACUUGUUCUCUUGAUUGUACUAAAUUUCUCGUAUCACAAGGCAUUUCUUUCCGUGGCCAUGACGAAACGUCUAAUUCUCUAAACAAGGGAAAUUUUAGAGAGUUGAUAGAUUGGGAAAAAUCAAAGAAUGAACAAGUGAGAGAUGCUUUUGACCGUGGGGGAAAAAAUUGCAAAAUGACUUGCGGUGACAUUCAAAAGGAUCUUGCAAUGUCUUGUGCACAUGAAGUUAUGAAGGUGAUUACGGAAGAGCUUGGUGAUAAACAAUUCUCUGUGCUUAUUGAUGAGUCACGUGAUAUAUCCGUCAAAGAGCAAAUGGCGGUGAUGUUGAGGUUCUUGAACGACAAAGGGGAAGUUGUGGAACGAUUUCUUGCACUAUAUCAUGUCAAAGAUACUACUUCCGAGGCACUAAAGAAUGCUCUUUAUGAUAUUCUUGAUCGUUACACGUUAUCUAUUUCAAGGAUACGAGGGCAAGGAUAUGACGGGGCUUCAAAUAUGAGAGGUGAAUUUAAUGGUUUGCAAAGAAAGAUCCUAGAUGAAAACCCUUAUGCUUUCUAUGUCCAUUGUUAUGCUCACCGCUUGCAAUUGGUGAUUGUGUCCGUUGCUAGUAGUUGCUCAUCUAUUAAUGAUUUCUUUGAGUACAUAUCCUUAAUUGUAACAACAUCAAGUGCAUCUUGUAAGAGAAUGGAUGCUUUGACGGAGGUACAACACGAAGAUAUUUUGAGUAAACUAUCGAGUGGUGAGAUAUCUACAGGAAGGGGUUUGAACCAAUCAUGUAGUCUCGCUAGACCCGGGGAUACUAGAUGGGGUUCACAUCAUAUUACCUUGCUUCGUUUGGAUCAGAUGUGGUCCUCCGUGUUAGUGGUGCUUAGUAUGGUUGAUAAAGAUGGACGUGGACCAUCUCAAGCAGCGGGUUUGAUAGAAAAAAUGGAGAGCUUUAAAUUUGUUUUCAUUUUGAAGUUAAUGUUAAAGUUGUUUGGUAUCACAAACGAGCUUUCAAAAAUCUUGCAAAGAAAAGAUCUUAAUAUUGUGCUUGCCAUGGAUUUAAUUAAUGUUGUCAAAUCUCGGUUUGCCACAUUGAGAGAUAAUGGUUGGGAUAAUUUAUUUUUGGAUGUACAAGAAUUUUGUGUUGCUAAAGGUAUUCCGGUGCCAAAUAUGGAUGAUGAAAUACCGGUUAGGGGUCGUUCAAGACUAGAAGGGAGGACUGUCACUAAUCUUCACCAUUACCGUGCAGAGAUUUUUUAUGUUGCUAUUGACAAAAUAUGUGUGGAGAUGGAUCAUCGCUUUAGUGAAGGAAGUAACAUUGUCCUUGAUUGCUUCUCAUGUCUUGACCCCAAGAACUCUUUCUCCAAAUUUGAUGUUGAUAAGCUUGCUCGUCUUGCUGAUAUUUAUCAUGCUGACUUUUCUGAUGAUGAUCGUGGAACAAUAAGGGAGCAACUUGACACUUAUGUACUUCAAGUGAAAAGGCAUGCUUCCUUUUCUUCUUGUGAAGAUGUUCAAAGUUUGGCUAUGAAGAUGGUUCAAACUGAGAAACAUUUGGUAUUUCCAUUGGUCUACAAACUCAUUGAGUUGGCUUUGAUAUUGCCGGUGUCGACAGCAUCCGUUGAAAGAGCUUUUUCAGCAAUGAAGAUUAUCAAGACUAAAUUGCGCAACAAGAUUAACAAUGAGUGGUUAAAUGAUUUGAUGAUAUGUUACACCGAGCGGGAGAUAUUCAAAUCACUUGAUGACAUUGAUAUUAUUCGAACAUUCACCGCAAAGAAAUCUCGGAAAGGGCAUUUACCUCCUAAUUUUAUCUAGCACGCUAUUUGGCAGGCUCUAUGAAAUUCCUAGCUCCGC